ACUUGUCAUUUGAAGUAUCGACUCGAGUGGGUGAUGUGUCUACAUUUCCAAUAGUAAUUUCGUAAAAAUGAUAAUAUUAAACACGUUUUUACUGCUUUUGGCGACUGCAUUCGCCGCAGAAGAAGUAAACACCUAUUUAAUUUUCAAAAAUGUGGAUAGAUCAAUUGAUUUGACGUCGCAAUUGGUGAAAAUCACCAGUACAAUCACCCUGGAAAACGCCGGUAAAGAUGCUAUUAAAAAUUUUCUGGUAGUAGACGAGCCGAAAGCGAACGGUAAAGUCGCUUACCGAGGCGUUAAAGACUCCGCUAAGCAAGAUUUAAACCUUCUGCCCGUUCAAGUAGAAGGAAACGACCAGAAAAAAUACCACAAGGUGAUACUGAGACAGAACUUAGAACCAGGCCGGACCGCAACGGUGGUACUUGAGGAAAUAUUGGCCAGAGCAUUGGAGCCUUAUCCAAGCAGCAUCGCCCAAAAAGAGAAACAAUUAGUGAGGUACUUCGGUAACCAUUACAUGUACUCGCCUUACACGGUGGCAAAACAGAAGACUGAAGUUGUUUUGAGUUUAAGAAGCGUAGAAAAUUACACCAAACUGAAACCUGUGACCCAGUCAGAUAAUGUAAUAACCUACGGGCCAUACACAGACGUUAAACCUUAUACAGAAGAUCAAUUAAUUGUGCACUACGAAAACAACGCCCCCUUCUUAACAGUCACCAAUUUACAUAGAUUAAUAGAGGUUUCCCACUGGGGCAACAUCGCUAUCGAAGAAGAAAUCGAAAUUAAACACACCGGGGCUAAAUUGAAGGGACCGUUUUCCAGAUAUGAUUACCAAAGAGACACGGUCAACUCGCAGCACAGCAUCAAAUCGUACGUUACUGUUUUACCCGCCACAGCACACAGUAUUUACUACAGAGACAGCAACGGUAAUAUUUCAACAUCGGCCGUUAAGCACAGGAAGGACUGGAUCGAAUUGGAACUGCGGCCCAGAUUCCCUCUCUUCGGAGGAUGGCAAAGCUCCUACACACUCGGCUACAGCGUUCCCAGUUAUCAGUACCUCUACAGAACAGCAGAAGGCCAAAAUGUACUGACCAUGAGGUUCAUCGAUCACGUAUUCGACGACAUGUACGUCGAGGAUGUUACUACAUCGAUAGUCCUGCCAGUCGGUGUGUCCGAUGUUAAAUUGGUAACUCCUUACCAAGUGGAAAGGUUGAGGGAUGACGUUAAGUACAAAUAUUUGGAUAACAUGGGCCGGCAGGUUUUGAGACUGAGAAGGAAGGAUUUGGUCGAGCAUCACAUACAAGAUUUCGAGAUUACUUAUUCCUGGCAACCGCAGUUGUUGUUGCACGAGCCGCUGAUGUUAUCUUUGGCGCUAUUUAUUGUAUUCCUAGCUGUAAUAGUUUGGGUUAGAUUAGAUUUCUCGCUUGGGGUUCCCGAACAUAGUAAAAAAGAGUAGAGUUUUUUGUACUGUUUUUUGUUGAAUAAAAC